AUCGCAGCAGGACACUUUCAGUGGUUAGUUUUGAGGUUUACACUCAAUCCUUCUUCUACAAAGAAGUGAAAUCCAAAAAGAUAAUGGAUUCCAAAGGACUUCAGAAAUUGAAAGAACUGAUGAACACUGACCCCGCAGCUGCAGCUGAAAAGAUUAAAGAUCAUGUAGAAAAGGAAAAUAAAAUUCCAUUAAACAUUGGAAUCACGGGAGAAAGUGGCUCUGGUAAAUCCAGCUUUGUUAAUGCGUUUAGAGGGAUGAGUAACGCUGAUGAGGGAGCUGCCCCCACUGGUUGUGUGGAAACAACCAAACAUGUCACAGCGUACCCACAUCCACGCUAUCCCCACAUGGUUUUAUGGGAUCUUCCUGGUGUCGGCACCACCAACUUCCCAGUUGACAAGUACCUGGAGCUUGUUGCCUUUAAGAAGUUUGACUUUUUCAUCAUCAUUUCACACACUCGGUUCAGAGAAAAUGACGUCAAACUCGCUCAGGCCAUGAAGAAGAUGGGGAAGAAGUUUUACUUCGUCCGCUCAAAGAUUGACAACGAUUUACGAUCUGAGGCAAGAAGUAAGAGGGAUUUCAGUGCAGAGAAGACUCUGAAACAAGUCAGAGGAAACUGCAUUCAAGGUCUUCAAAAGGAAGGAUUUGAGUCUCUGCAGGUCUUCCUGAUAUCCAGCUUUGAUGUGAACCUCCAUGAUUUCCGUCUUUUACAUGAGACCUUAGAGAGAGAACUUCCUGCACACAAGAAGCUCGCUCUGCUGCUUGCCGUGCCCAACAUCAGCCUGGAGGUCAUCAACAAGAAAAAGGAGGCCUUUCAGAACAACAUAAAAUACUAUGCUGCUGCAUCUGCAGCUGUAGCAGCUGUACCACUCCCAGGGUAUUCUGCUGGUGUUGACCUGAAAUUGAUGGUCACUGUUAUUAAACAAUAUAUAAAUGGAUUUAGGCUCGAUGUCACAUCACUGCAGAGACUUUCUGCCAACGCAGGUGUGCAGUUUAAUGAUCUGAAGGUUGUAAACACAGAUCUUCUCCGAAAACUGAUGCUCAGUGUUUGGUUCUUACUUGAAUCAAUGGUAGCAGAGGAAGCAUUCAGACUCCUUCCAAUAUUUGGCAUCCCAGCAACAAAGAGCCUGUCCUUUACCACAACGUACAAAGCUCUGAAUUAUUUCCUCAACGUUCUUGCUGAUGAUGCACGAAGGAGGCACAAAGAACUCUGGGGUUGAACACCUCAGUGUGGUUUGGAUGAGUAGCUGUCAUCUCAAGAAAGUGUGUAACUCUGAUUGUGAUACCAGCUUUGGAAAUAUUUGCUGGUUCUCCUUUGAAGAAAAUUGGGUAAAUUGGGCAAACAUUUGCAUCCAUCCACCUUCUGAUACCACAUCAUGUUUUAAAACAGAUUAUUGUUCUGAAUUGCCUGCUAUCACUGGUUGAAAAAGUAUGAUCUCACCACUUAAAU